UCUAUUCCUCUGUUUUUAACAGGAAUCCCUGAAUGUUAUCGAUCCAAGCUUAAUGGAGCUGAAUGGUACAAAUGAAGAUGCACUAGAAUGGGAUGAAAUGGAUAUAAGUAAUACGUUGAUUAGCGUUAAUGAGGAAUUCAAUGAGCUUGAUCAAGAACUGAAUCAAGAUGACACAAAACUGAACUCUCCCUAUGAAGCAUGUGGUAAUAACGACCGUCCCAAACAGGAGGAAAAUCCCACUGUACAUGAAAAUUGCCUCAGCAGCCCAAGCAUUACAGCAUCUCCAGGUCCACAAGUCUACCAAGUGUACAGCCUUCACAAUGUAGAGCUAUCAGGGGGAAAUCAUAUAUCUCUUAUGAAAAAGACAUCCAAAUCCUCCACAAUUACACACUUGGACACUUUAAAGAAGCAUGCGAAUAAGAACUCUUUGUUGUCACCAACCAAACAUUUGCCAGAACUAAUGGGCAGCACCACUUUGACAAGCCCACAGAAUUAUAUGUAUCACAGUGGAAAUGUAAGUAGGCAUUCUGACAGUCAGAAUAAAACAGUCAAUGGAAGUGAGGCAGAAGCUACCCAAAAUCCUGAUGUCCAUUUGCAAAAUGAGACCGAUAGAAAGCAGGAUAAUUCUGUGACUAGUAUUUCAGAUUCCCAGUUAGGGAAUAUAGUUGAUGUGAUAAAACAAAAUUUAAAGCAGGAGGAUGGGGAGAUCCAUUUUAAUUUCUUAAAUACUUCCCAGUCAAAGUCCAGCAACAGAGCUAAAAACCUGGGCAGCAUCACCCAAGAGGGCUCUGAGGGUUCAGAAGAGUUGCAGCAAGGAAAACACAAUGUCUUUACAUUUUAUGACUAUUCAUACCUUCAGGGUUCCAAAUUCAAGCUACCAAUGAUAAUGAAACAAUCAAACUCAGAAAAAGCACAUAAGCAGGGUAGUUUGCUUCAUGGGUUUUAUUUUGAUAAAGUCCCCUUGAAAUCUGAACAUCAACCUUUAGAGUUCAAGCCACUUGUAUCUACAGAUGAGAUUGCUUUCUCAACCAACUUGGAUGAUGGAGACCCCAAACGCUGUGAAUUUGUGGAGGAUUUGAAGAAACUGAGCGACCCAACAAAUACAAAGCUGUGCCCAACUUUAUCUCAUAGCUCUUCUUUAGACUCCCUUUCAGUGACAAAUGAGUUGUUUGGCUCAACUGUUUUUAGAAGUGGAGAUGGGCUUCAUCGUAGCACAUCCUUGGAGAGUUGCCUAACGCCCUACAAAAGCAAUGAAGAUCUUUUUAGUUGCAAUGGCUCUGGAGACCUAAGUGGAAGUAGUGAUUCAGUUGGGGAACUUAGCAAAAGGACCUUAGACCUUUUGAAUCGUCUAGAAAAUAUCCAGAGCCCUUUAGACCAAAAAAUAAAGCGUAGCAUCUCUGAUAUCACACUCCAAAGCACUUCUCAAAGAAUGUCCUUGGCUGGCCAGUUGUCAUUGGAUAUUGCGUCCUCUAUCAAUGAAGAUUCACCGGCUUCUCUCACUGAGCUAAGCAGCAGUGAUGACCUGUCUUUGUGCUCUGAAGAUAUUGUACUGCACAGAAAUAAAGCACCGGAUUCAAAUGCAUCAUUCAGAAAACACCUCAGUCGGUCGGUAGCUGAUGAGAGUGAUGUCAACGUUAGCAUGAUUGUUAAUGUUUCCUGUACCUCCGCUUGCACUGAUGAUGAAGAUGAUAGUGAUUUGCUAUCAAGUUCUACUCUCACCUUGACUGAGGAAGAGCUAGGCAUUAAAGAUGAAGAUGAUGAUUCUAGUAUUGCAACUGAUGAGGAUAUUUAUGAAGACUGCAAUUUAAUUUCAGGACUUGACUACAUAAAGAAUGAACUCUACACUUGGAUCAGACCAAAAUUUAAUCUGACAAAGGAGAAGAGAAAGUGCAAUCUGGAUGAUGAAAUCCAGGGCUGUAAGAAUUUAAGAAGUAAUGAGACUUUGAAAGCAAAAGAUUCAUUGAGCAUUGAAAAAUUCUUGAAUGAUUCCAUACGCAAGCUUUCAAAAAAUAAUGGCAACAGUAAGAACACAUCAGAGAGCCAUGAUGAGUCAGGGACAAAAAGGCAAAUGAAAAAUGAUGGCUUUCAAGUUUCCAAAGAUCACUUUGUGGAUGACAUGGAGAAUGGAAAUGUUACUAUUACUCAAGAAAGUCCAAAGGAAGAACAUAUUCAAAUUUCAACUGCUGCCAUGAAUGUUAGCCCACUUAGUAAAGGAAGUGAAAAUGAAUGUUGUAUCUGUGAAGCAUUUACUGAUAGUUCGGAUGAUUCACAUAUGGAUGGUAAAGAGCCAGCUCAAUUGUCAAAAAUAUCCAGCUCUCAGAAAGAAUAUAAAAAACAUAUUCAAUUUGAAGGCCAUUCUAUUAUAAAACCUUUUACAGAAUUUGACUCAGAUAUGAAAAGUUCAGAUAUGGCAUUACCAAAAUUGCUACCAAAUGAUCAACAAAGCAGAACAGGAAUUAGUGAACAUGGUGGAGAUUGCUGUGCAUCUUUAAAAUCAAAUGAAGCAGAAAUAAAUGCAUCAGAUGGCUGUAGUGAUUCAUGUUGUAGCUGUGAAACUGCUGCUUUUGAUAAAAGAAAUGAGGAGGAUUGUUCAGUGCACAACUUUGUGAUGGAGAUAAUUGACAUGGCCUCAACAGCCUUAAAGAACAAGUCUCAGCCUGAAAGUGAACCAGCUGUUCCACAUUCAUUAGCCCAGAUCAGGGAAAAGGUUCUAGAACAUUCUCACAGGCCCAUUCAACUUAGAAAGGGUGAUUUUUAUUCAUACCUCUCACUUUCUUCUCAUGACAGUGACUGUGGGGAGGUAACUAAAUACGUUGAAGAAAAGACCAGCACUCCAGUCCCUCUAGACUUUGCAGAAAAUAUUGAAUGCUUUUUUGAAGCCUGUCCUGAAGAUGAACGAGUGGAACAGCAGGGAUAUCUUCCUGACAGUGAAGUGGAAGUAAAAUACGAAGCCCUGGAUUUAAAAGAUGAACCUAAAACAUCUGCUGAAUGUAGUGGCUUUUCUUUCUUAAGUGAGGAGAUGGACAUUGGCAUGCCUGGCUCUCUUAGCCAGAUGAUAUCAGAUAAUUUAAGUUAUGAUAGUGAAUCUUUGAAUUUGGACAUCCCUAAUGAAUGUCCAGUCUUGAAUUCCUUCCCAAAUAACUCUAAAGAAAAUCAUCCCAGAGAGCCACUUGGGAUCGCAAAGUCUGAAGAAGGUUUUGCUUCCUCAGCUGAAGCCAUUCAAUUAACGCCUGACCACUUGAAAGAGAAGGAUGCUUUGCACCAGGACACUAAAACUCUUACAUGUGAAGAAAACCUCCUGCAUCUUCACAAAGAAAGGCACAUAAAUACACAGAGGUAGAAUGUAUUCCUCCAUGGACACACAUGUUGUUUCAUAAAGAGAAACUUGGCUGCAUUUCAGGUGCAGGCUCAUCCUCUAAACUCUGGGAUGACCUCUAAUUCCAUUGUGUCACUGCCUUUUGUUACACUUGACUCCCAAGAUAAAUUUUCCUUCCAACUGUGAUUUGUCCACGUUGGUUUUGUGUCCAGGAUGCAUAUGCUGUUUCAAUUUUCACUUUUGCUUUGUAACAAAACCAUUUGCUCUCAUAUGGAUUUCUUUCCCAAGCUACCUCUUAACAACUUACCCUUCCAAAUUUGUAUGUCUCUGUAUUUACUUUUCAGCCACAAAGCUUUUGGGUUUUUUAAAUGAUUUUGCAGUUCCACAGAAUGUAUUAUUAUUCUGGAUCACCGUUUCUAAAUUGUAAAUGUCAGUUAUUCUCCUAUUUUAUGUAUUAAAUUUGAUAUUUUAUGUGUAUAAUGCAUAUUGUUUAUUGAAAGUAUUUUAUGUUAUAGAAUGGGAAUUUUAUUUGACUGCAGCGAAAGAAAAGAUCCCCCAUGCUCUUGAAUCAACACAGUGGAAGUUACACAAAAGAAAUACAAAUGCAUCCCUUCAUUUUAAUUUUACAAGAUUAAUCUAUGCAACACUUCAAGAAACAACUACACAGUGUUGUAUAUUAAGAACUGUUAACAUUCUACUGAAUUAAGUACAACAUUUUGGUUUUCUACAAUGCUUCUUGAGGUGGUAAUCAGAAAAAACCCCACGUUUUUAAAAAUUGUGCCUUGCUGUAUUUCUUAUAACAUUUAUUAAAAAGCUGCUUUCAUAGUAAAAGUAUGUUGGUUUGAAGGAAGGAAAUAGCAAGGUGUGAAUAAUUCUGUAUAUAUGUAUAACCAAGUGUAAACAUUGAUGUAUAAUUACAGUAUAAAAUGCUUUAAUGUUUGUGAUGCCCAGUGGUGUGGAAAACAUAAGCCUUAAAACCACUAGAUUGCAUGAUAAUUAGAACUGGCAUAAUAAAUGUAGUUUACUGGGGGAAAUUCA